AUGUCGACUCAGAAGGCUCUCCUCCUCCCGGUCAAGGGCGGCAACUGGGAACUUGGCCCCUCACCGAUUCCAAAGCCGGCACCGGACGAGGUCCUUGUGAAGAUCGUAGCUACCGCUCUGAACCCCAUCGACGUCAAGAUCCAGCGAGAUGGCUUCUGGGCGCAGGAGUACCCGUUCAUCGGGGGGACAGAUGCCGCCGGCGUCGUCGAGGAUGCGGGUUCCAACGUUGUCACUCUCGUCAAGGGCGACAGGGUUUUCUUUCAGGGCUGGUUUGAGAACCCCAAAGCCACAUUUCAACAAUAUUGCGUCGUUCCGGCGGAGAUCACAGCUAAGAUCCCGGAUGGCUUCUCGUUUGACCAGGUCGCAUCUAUCCCUCUCGGCCUUGCCACGGUCAUCACAGGAAUGUGGGGUCACGAUCCGCAGGCGGCGUCUGUCAGCCUCCCUGCGCCAUGGGAAGAAGGAGGGCUGACCCAGUGCGCGGGCAAGCCAGCGUUCAUCAUCGGUGGUUCUUCGUCCGUUGGACAGUACGCAAUUCAAAUGGCGAAGAUGUCCAAGUUCUCGCCCAUCAUCGCGACUGCCUCACCCCGCAACGAGCCGCUGCUCAAAUCUCUCGGCGUGACCCAUGCUCUCGACCGCUCCCUUUCUACAGAGGUUAUUCUUGCGGAGCUCAAGAAGAUUACCGGAGGCGCACCGAUCGACUUCGUCUUCGACACGGUCUCGUUCCAGGAGACCCAAAUCCUAGGCUACCAGGCUCUCGCGCCUGGAAACACGCUCAUCAUCACUCAGUACGACGAGAUCCCUGCGGAGAUCAAGUCGGACGACAAAAAAACCCUCACGAUGGUCGGAAACGUGCAUCUACCUCAAAACCGCAAGGUCGGUGUCGAGAUGUUCAAAAGGGUCGCGGGAUGGCUUGAGAGUGGCGAGCUCGUGCCGAACGAAGUCGAAGUGCUGACCGGUGGACUUACUGGGAUCCAGGCUGGUUUGGACAGGCUGGAGUCUGGUGCGGUCAGUGCUUUGAAGCUGAUUGCUCGGCCCCAGGAAACUGUGUAG